UCCGGGGUCAUCGUCGCCGUCGGACUUGAGGGUGGAAGCAUUGGUAGACAGCCUCUCUAAAGUGUUGGAUCCGGAUGUCACAAUCACGGUUGAAUUGACGCCCUUUUCUCCGCAAAACCCGUUCAGUUCCCUAAAGUCACUCGUUUCCUUACAUCUUGCACCUUCCUCCCCCUUGCACCCCCUCCCCCCCCCUUUCUCCCCCUCCAGCCUCCUUCCGAGCUCUGAUACACUCCCUCACUCCUUCUCCACGUCUAUCUUCGCGUCAUUGCUUAUCAGCCCCCAUCCUCAACUCUCCGUUUCAAAUUAAGCUCAACAUGCCCAAUUGGCACGAUCCCGCUGAGAUCCAACGCGAUAUUCAAAUCUUUGCCAAGUCUCUUUUAUUCUGGCUUGGUGUCUAUGUCUGGGAAUACCUCAACUCCCUUGGACCCGACUUGGACAUCCUUCUCGCGCGCCGACCAUUUCGCCCUGCCCAGCUCGUCUAUUUCGCUUGCCGCUAUGCAAACCUUGCUUUUCUCAUUGGAACAAAUAUCGCAAUGGAGGUCUCGCAUCCCAUCAACUGUCGUGCGCUCUAUAUCUUUGAUACUCUUACACUUGGUGUCGUGUUGGGAACAUCAUCUGGGCUCCUCAUGCUCCGAACCGCCGUUGUUUGGGGUUACGAUAAACGAGUCGUCAUUCCUUUGAUCAUUUGUUCGCUCGGUCAUUGGGCCGUUAUUCUUCGGGAUAUCGUUGUGGUGCACGCGUCAUGGAAUCCGCCCGCCCACACUUGUGCUGUAGACGAAGUCUUCAAUUACUGGCUCGCUGUCGAGUUCAUUUACACCAUGGUCUUGGACUUCAUUAUUCUCUGCCUUACUACUAUCGGCCUUUUCAGAUGCUUGCCGAUCAAAAGCAAGCUCGAUUGUUGCAACACGAUCCGUUCGAAGGCUUACACUCGCUUUCCAUGUGGACUCUUCCCGCAGUCAUGCGCUGGACACGAAUGCCCACCGUCAAAAGAAUUCAUCGGGCACGCGAUCCACUUUCUCUCUUAGUACCCCUUACAUGAGUACUCGAAGCGCAAUCGAGCCCAAAAACGCACCCAGACCACUUCCAAUGGUAGCAUGACGAUCUCAAAAA